UGGUGGUCAGCAUCUGUUCAAACAACGAGCACAAGUAGCAAUUGCAUGCAGACUACAGAUGGAGGUGGGUGGCAGGGUUUCGUGGGUGAAAUACGCGCCCCUUUUGUCCCUGCUCGCGUUCCUUUUGGCCGUGUGGUUCCGCUCACCACAGAAUGAGGUUCUGGACGACCGGCUGGACAGGGUCCUGUCCUCACUGCUGCGGGCUGAACGGAAAGUCGGGAUAAACGACGUCGUCAGACCGAGAGUGGCUGUCGGUUUUGGAGGCUGUGUUGACCUGAUAGUGGAUGGGGUAUCAUUGCUCAAUAAGAUUGGCCUCUCUCCCACAAACCAGCCCCUACAUCAUGACUAUAUAGAAAACACAGAACAGUUGGCUCAGAGCUUUGCCUAUUUCUUUGCACCCGGAGCUGCUGCAGAGCGUUUUAUAUCAAAUGACACCCUCUUCAGUGAGCUGGUAGAGGCAUCCCGUGACCUCCCUGGUAACAGAUGGUCAGUAGGUGGCAAUGCUCCGGUCAUGGCUGGUCGCAUGGCAACAGAAGGAUGUGAUGUGUUGCUCGGGGGAAGCUUUAGCACUGACUUUGCUGAGGUCCUGUCCCAGCACAUCACAGUGACAGGAAAUACUGUAGACGAGCCAGACAUCCAUCUGAUCCUCGAGUAUCCUUCAGGAGCCAACUGGGGUCACUAUACCUCACGUAGAGCCAACAGAUACAUCGUUCACAGCGAUGACCACAACCCCUACCUAGCCUCCAUGGAGGAGUUUGCCAAGGAACUUGAAGACUUCACACCAGAUCUGUUGGUGGUGGGUGGGCUGCAGAUGAUGGACAACUUCCCCUUCCAGUCAGGUGAAAGAGACGCUCUAUUUUCCCGCCUGGCCGACCUGCUGUCCUCCUCAUCCCCACAGAUCGGCAUUCAUUUUGAGAUGGCUAGUUUUGUAGAAGAGAGUAUCAUGGAAGACUUGCUUCACUAUAUCAUUCCUCAUGCUGACUCUAUGGGGAUGAACGAACAGGAGUUGCCCAACCUGCUCAGUCUGCUGAAAGGCUCCACCAUCACUGUGCUAUCUGACCCAAACCCUCGUGUAGCCACGGUCCUGGACCAGAUGAGGGAGGUCUAUCGCAUUCUUAACAAGCGCAACAAGGAUGCCAGCGACACAAACAGCACCACAGCCGAGGGUAAGUCACUGACCCGACUCCACGUCCAUACACUGGCCUUUCAGGCUAUGAUCGUGACCCGUGGCUCUAAGUGGAAGAACACCAUGUCGGCUACAGCCAAGGCGUCUCUCACAGCUAACCGCCAUGUCUGUGGCUCAAAUGACAUCGACCCCAGCAAGGCAAGGCUCAUCAUGGACGACUCAUUCUCUGUGAGCCGGCGAGAAGGCAGCCAGCGUAUCCCCCUGCAGGAGACCAGGCCCGUCAGCUGCUGGUACGAGGAAGACUAUGAGAUCUGUGUGGCACCUGUGCUUGUUUGCACUGAUGUGUAUCAAACCGCAGGUGGAGGGGACAACGUCUCAGCCGCAGGGCUUGUGCUGCAGAUCUAGACAGGGACAUUAAACUUUCUGUCUGUGUGUUGUGUUGAUUAGAUGCUUGCAUCGACUUGACCUAACAUGACUGCAACUUGAUGUAGCUGAGAUGCAAAUGAAGGUAUUGAUUGUUAAAUGUACCAGGCUAGUGCUGUCACACUUGCAGCUCAUGGCCUAAGUGGACCAUAAUGAAAACUCGUUAUCACUCCUACAGGUAAAAUGAUGGAAAACAGUAGUUAUUGGUGAGGUUAAACUGCCUUAUUAUAAGUAUUUGUUGUUUGGUGAACUGGGUAAUGCCUAUGUUAACACUUUCUUCAGUUAAUACCAUCUCUAGUGUCUCUGCUGGUGUGCAGAGUCCUCAGGUUUCAAGUUCAUUUGUUUUUACAAACCAAAACUUUGAGCAGACACUGCCCUAUUCUUUUACUGUAGCCAAUAUGUGACUCCAGUGAUUUUAAUAAGCCUGUCCUCUAUUUCUCAAAGGCCUUUUGUGACUUGACCAUCAAUCAUGAACAGGUUUGGAUAAAGUCUUGGUAGCUUCUAACGUGGUAUUUAUUAAGUGAUGUGUGAAUUGAGACUUUGAAUUCAUCAUAGGUCUGCUCUGUUUACAGACCAUUAAUUAUGUUCUCCGUUAAAAUGUCUUUGUCGUGUGAAUCUACUAUGCAGUAGACUUGAUCAGAGUUGAGUGAUUAUUGAAAAUGGCUGAAUGUUAAGUUCAGCCAUUAAACAAGCCCUUGAUCUCACCUGCCUCACAGCAAAUAUAAGGCAGUUUCAGUAAAACUGAAAACCUCAGUUUUAUUCUUUCACUACACAUACACAUACACAGGUAUGUAUAAAAAAAAUGUGAAUUUGAUUGGUUGGGAUUAUGGGAGUGUCGACGGCUGUGCAAUAAUGGGAAAUAUAGACAAAGUGACCACUGUUGGUAGCUGGAUAUGAUGUCAGAAAUUUCUUCUCUACCUCUGUGCUGUUUCAGUCUCACCUCCUGCUUUUGCCUGAUUGUUAUCGCUGCAUUUUUCUUGUCAUAUUUUUCUAUUACCUGUCAAACUUCUUCCUUGUUUUUUUUCCUCUUGUGUUUGUUUAUGACUCUUAAAAGGACCAAAUAACAAGUGUGUACUGACCACUGAUCAUGAAUCUUUAUUAAAGCCGUAGUACACAGGUUUACCAGAGAAACGAUCUUAUCUCCCAGUUGUUAGUUAAUAUUCAUGUUUUUGGGCUGGCUUUGACUUGGGGGCAGUGAGAGAUGUUGAUGGGCUCUUAUUAUUAUAGUUAAACAGUGCUUAACACAUUUAUUAGACCACCACCCAAUGUAAGAUGCAGCAUAAGUAAUGAUCAAAAUAAAUGUUUAUGUUUCUAUAAUAGUCAAUACACCAGUAUGUAGAAGCUCUGUAACUGGAAUCAUUUUUGUUAUCCAUGAAUUUUCAAAUUUACUGUUUUACAUAAAAGAAAUAGUGAAGCGCAUUAUUAUUUUUUGAUUAAGAUGUCAAAUUAUAGUUAUUGCAUUCCUGAACAGAAUUAGUUUUAGUGGUUGAAUGUUAUGCUUGAUUUGUUUCUGACUUCGCAGUGAAGCUCAGUGAUCUAGCUCUAAUUUGGGUAUAUAACAUUCAAACUACUUUUUGAAAGAUUUCUAGAAAGAUGUGUUUUCUCGUUGUUAUGACAGGUGGUCUAAAAAAUGUGUUAAGCACUGUGUGUAUAUACAAUAUAAAUAGAAGUAAUUGGCUUCUCACAAUAGAUAUUUAUAUCCCAAUGCAGAUAAUCUGCAAUCCCAGUUUCAGAUGGCUAUAAUUAAUUUCUGACUGGUUGAUAAUAAUGGUGCAAUUCAAGAUUAAGUCUACAUUUUAUGAUGAGAAACUUCACACACAUUAUUUAUUUUAUGAUGAAGCAAUUUGGUUUGUUGGAUAUAUAUUUUGGGGGAAGAGGGACACCCGUGCUUAGAACCGACUCUGCAAGACCUGAAAGGUUGUGCUCAUGUUGACACGUUUUAUUCCAGUUAUUGUCCUUUUUUAGGGUUUAGGUUUAGGUAGUUAUUUAGUGACCUUUCCCCCAGGCUGGUAGAGGGUCAGAGAUCACUUGAAAGAUAAAAAAAAAGUUGCAAAUUGUCCCAACAUGACCAACAUCAUUAUUUUUAGGAUGUAAAUCACUUUAAGUUCCAAUUAUAUUUAGAGAAGAAACUGGACUUAUUUGUUUAAAUCAAACAUUCCACCACAGACAAAACUGCAGUUUCUUUCAUGUUAAUGGGUUUCACAUUAAUAUGCAAUAUAAUUUAUAUUUCCCCUUUGAGACUGUUAUUUAUGUUACAAUGGAAAUGCAAACUAUGAAUCUAAGGGUAAAGGAAUCACUUUAAUUGUACUGUACUGAUUUGUUGAUGAUGAAGGUGAAUGGAUGGAGCCAUAUUUGUGUUAACUGGUGUUUUUAGUGAAAAGGGAGCUUUUCAUCCAGAUAUUGUUCCUAUUGCUGUUUUAUUUUCUCACGUUUUUCGUCUCACACAGUGACUGGACGCUGAGAGUAACGGGUCACAUUAUUACUGUGAAAUUAGCGCAAUGCGGGUUAAAGUUUGGGUCUCAUCGCAGAAGAAAACAUUAAGUGCAGUUUUCAGUCAAACGUAAAUGGAGGUAUCUGCCACUUUUUUCCUAAAACAUUCUUUUCAAAGUACUUUGUCACAGUUUAAGAAAAUUGAAAAGGCUGAUUCCUCAGUUUAUGAUGGAACCAUUUGCAUGUGUUCAUGCUUAAAAACACAGAACUGCACGUGUUUGUGACCAUAUCAUCAUUUUUAGGCUCCAGAUGAUUUCCCAUGUAACCCAUCCAAAGCUGUGCUUGACUGUUUCAUGCAUGUUGAUUAUUUAAUGCAAGAUCAUAAAAAAUGCUGCGCUGAUAAAGCAA